CUCUGAUUCCUAGUACCUAUUCAAAGGCUCUGCGAAUUGAAUGCAAGUAGGCAUAGUUGUGGGAGCUGUUCAUGAAGAGGUAACCACCUGAGCUCCUGUCGUUCGUGAUAAGUGUGCCCGCUGUUGAAAGCAAGCUCAAAGUGUUCUGUUCGUGGACAGUGCACUUAUUGAUGCUUGACGCGGAAGCAAGGAGGUUCCAUACGACUAAGUAGAGAGCUGAGCCAAACCUGAGGCGUCUUCGUUCUUCUACUUUCUGUGUGAUCAGAGUUUUUAGGAUAUUCAUGCUCCAAUCUUGAAAGGUUGCCUCAUUGAUUUUCUGCAACGGUCUUUUACACACGGCGCGUCCACAGAGCAGGAGGCGCAUUUUGAUUGCUGGCUUUGCUCCAGUGGCCCUGGGAAGAAGUGCAUAUCCCCGUUACUGAAAAAUGGCUCCAGGAGCGAUCGAGCAUGGCCCCUCAGCGAAACGGACUCGUCACGACCCCGACAUCGACUCAACCCCUGCCGCUGACAUGGAAGUCGAUGAGGCCCCCGCAAAGCGAGACGUGGUCUACGAGGAUUUCGAAGGCUACAGCCCGCAGCUCAUGCAGCAGUUCUAUCGGCGCCUGUUCCCCUUUCCGGAGAUGGUCCGGUGGCUGUCUUACGGGCACAAAAAGAAUCCGCACCCGAUGUACGACGAGAACUAUCUGCAGCGCCGCGAGAUCUCGAUGACGCUCGACGGGGACAUCUUUGUGCGGUACCAGUCGUUCAAGAAUGCGGACGAGAUGGCCAAGACGAUACGGGCGCGCAACCCGCUCAAGAUCGACAUUGGGGCCGUCUUCAACGUGGAUCCGGCCAAAAGGAACGCAUACUCGAGCUUUGGGGCCGUAGAAAGGGAGCUGGUUUUUGACGUGGACAUGACGGACUAUGACGACGUGCGCACGUGUUGCACGGGGGCAGACAUCUGCAAGGACUGCUGGCCGCUUAUGACCAUUGCAAUCAAGGUCGUCGAUCACAUCCUCAGAGAGGACCUAGGUUAUCAGCACAUCCUUUGGGUGUACAGUGGGCGUCGAGGGGUGCAUUGCUGGGUGUGCGACGAGAAGGCCAGAAAGCUCACAAACGAGCAGCGAGGCGCAAUCACGGACUACCUUAAGGUGUACAAGGGCUCGGAGAACAACAAGGAGAAGAAGGUCUCGCUACAAGGGUCGGUCCUGCAUCCAAUGCUGUCGCGCGCGUACAGGGAGGUCCUGCUCCCCGCCUUCCUCGACCAGGUUUUGCCGCGACAAAACCUGUUGGUGAAUGAGACACAGAUUGACACACUGCUGGCCAUGAUCCCCGACGAAGAGCUGGCGGAGGAGGUGAAGGCCAAGUGGCGCAACGGCGGGCGGCGCGCGUCCGCGCACGAGGAUGAGAACCUCGCGCGGUGGAAGGAUCUCGAGAAGAUCGUCAUCCGCGAGAAGAAGCGCAACAUACGGUUGGGCCACUGCCUAGAAGAAAUUGUUUUCGCGUACACGUACCCCCGCCUCGAUCUGGAAGUCUCCAAGCACAUGAACCAUCUCCUCAAAGCGCCCUUCUGCGUCCACCCGAAAACAGGCAAGGUGUGUGUGCCCAUCGACCCCGCCGAUUGCGACAACUUCGAUCCGAUGGGCGUCCCCACACUCGCUUCGCUGCUGAAUGAGGUGCAGCGGUUCCGCGGCGACCUGAGGGAGCCGGCGGAAGAGGCCGCCGAGGCGGCACUGCCCACUGACCUGGACAAGACGAGCCUCAAGGAGGCGGUGCAGCUCUUCCGAACGACCUUCUUGGACGACCUGGAGGCGGACUGCAAGUCUGACAUUGAGCGAGCCUACCGUGCCAAGAAAGACGAGCUUGCAUCACGACCAACAACGGGGUGGUGAAAAAUAAGGAGUUGAUCGGCUCUUUGGCCGUUACAUGCUUCAGGCACAGAGCUACUGGCCGUCACUGCUUCAGGCACGGUGCUCGGAUGUCCAUACACUUUCCACAUACGAGUUGGCAGAUCUCAGUACUUUUGUGUCUACGAUAAGCGAAGUGGAACAAAGGAGCACCAGGUUUAAGCAUUGCUCGUAAGAUCAGAGUCUUCUUCCAGUUGAGUAGGCUUCCUUUAAUUAAUUACGAAGCUGGGUAGCAGGGCCAAAGUGAGCAGAGUUGCCUCAUUAAGCAGUCGUAUCUGUGAUUCUAGGAGCUUCGACUGUGUGCAUGUUACAUGAGCGCACCCUUUGACAUUCACCGUAAUCAAGCCCUCAAUUCAUCAAGGCGAGCGUCA